AUGGCUUCUAAUGAAGAGCUAGCAAAGGAGUGGUAUACUGUUGAGCUGAUUUUGCAAAGGGAGGAUGUCCAGAACUGGGCAAACUGGGUUGCAAGAAUCCGGUGGAAAGCAAAAUGA